CUAAUUUAGAAAUUCGUCGAAAGGGCGAUUUCUCAUUGGCACAAGUACCACUUAUGCAAUAAUGGAAUGAGAUCACAGUUUGUUGUACUGCCUCUACUUCGGUAUGAGGCUGAUUAUCAUGGUUAUGGCGGGAAAUCUUUCACAACUACCUGUCUACAUGAAUCUUCUAGAAAUGAGAAUCACACACUUUGCUAAAGCAAUUUACCUGCCAAUAUUUAUGCUCUAAUAGAAGCUGAUCUGUAAUUUCCCAAAGUUUUGGAUAAUUCAACAGUUAACUCAAUGAAAGUUUUGUGAUUCGCAAAGAGGGUCGACGUCGCUGCACAAAAUGGUUUAUAGGAAGAAGAUGGUUUUUAUGAUCGAUGUGAAUCCAUUAACAUCCCAAAACGCAAGUUUUUGUUUCGAAGAUACAGUGAGGCUCAUACGGUUCAGCAUAGUGCGAAUAUUAACCUACUUUGGUGGUCGUCAUAGAUCAGCCGGAGGGAAAUCGGACACAAGCCCACUUUGGGGAUUUAAAUUUUACAAAUCUUCAGGAGGACAAUUGGAGUACGGCAAUCAUCACUUCUACGAUUUAAAGCUGAAGGAUUUUGAAAACUUUGAAGAAGAGCUUGAGCUUAAAUUAGCGAAGGCAAAAGAGGACUUCUCAUUAAAAUCUCGAUCGCAGGGCUUCGUGGCCGACCAACUAUCUUGUGCUUUGGCUGAAGUUGUGACGGGUUUUCAAUGGGAAAGGCCGGAUUUCUUUUCACCUGUCAAGGCAAACAGAAAAACAGGGAUUGAGAAACAAAACAACACCCAGAACCGAAAUGAUGCUUCAAAUUUUGUUUUUCUGUUUACACCUUGCCCUUGCUGUUGUGGUGAUGUUAGCUAUUUCUCAAAUGGAAAACCAUCAAAUCCAAGUGACCUAAAAGCUGCCUUGAUGAAGGAUGAAGUUUACAAAAAAAUGACACUAGAGAAUAAAAUUGUUUUUCAUUGGGUUGAUUUAGGGUCAGCCUGGUCUGCAAAGAUGUCUGAUGAUUUUCAUGGAGUACUAUCCACAAUGAUGACUUGGUUCUCAGGCUCGUUGAUACCCAUUGAGAACAUUUCUUAUUGGUGGGUUCAAGGUGCCACCACAAAGGCCCAAAAGACAUGUCAGCCUGGUCAAUUUUGCCUGCUUAUGGAUACUAUAUUGUCAAAAAGAAAAAAGGAAACUAGCAAUGAUGGUCACUCAAACUUUUCCUUGAAUGUGCACAGGGUUUUCAUAUGUUUGGGUGAUUCAUUUUCUGGAAAAUCAGCCUCAUCAACUCAUCAAUAUUUGCCAGUAAUCCUCAGAAAUGUUUUGCUGCAAAAGAAGGGUUUUAAUGCCAGUAAUGACGUAGAGUCUGUGGCCAUACAAAGAACACCUACAAAGCAAUCAGAAUUACAAGAUUGUGCAGAAGUACAAGAUACUGUGACUAUGAAUCUGAAUGGUACCAUGGUUGCUGAAAUGGAGGGAGUGUUCAAAAGCAGUGCUAUUUUGAUGUUUUUACAGAAUAGCCAGGAGUCAUACUAUUGCACAUUUGACUACAGCCAAGGCCAAGAUGGAAAUAAAAGAGUUUUGACUGCAGCAUUCAUAAGCUUGCUAAGGAUACUGAAAACAAAGCACUUAAUCCUGAUAAUUAAAAUGAAUCAUCCUGAAAAUGGCCGAAAAGUCAGUGCUUGCCUCCAAUCAUGGACUGCCUCUUCUGGAGUACUUACAAUCUUGUCAUCACCAAUUGGCAUUGAAUGUAGAAGGAAACAUGGUGCAGAGGACUUUGCUAAACAACAACAAGCUCUUGUGGAAGGGUUGAUAAAGAGUAUCCAUUCAAAACUUGCUAAUAGAAGGUCAAUGGACAGUGCAGAGGUUGUCAGUAGUGACCAAGAAAUUUUGUCAGCCCUGACGGAACGAACCGCCUUGCCAACUUCUUCAUCUUUCAUGCAAGCUUUCAAUCACUGGUUUUUUGAUCUUCCAUCCCACUCCUUACCUUCCAAACUGCAUCAAAAUAUAGAAAGAAUUCAAAAUGUGGAGCCAGAGAAAGUUCUGAAGGCAGAUCAAGUAUCGACUGGCCUUUUCAAAAAACUUAAAGAAUGUUAUAAAAGCCAACGUUGUGCGGGUAAAAAGGAGCGAGAAAUUUCACUUUCGAAGGAAUCUAAUUCUGCUGUUACAAAAUUAAAGUCAAGGACAUUCUCUCGAUCUGAGCAUAUGCUUGCGAAGUCGAAAGCAAAUACAAUGAAAAAGAAGUCCGAGGAAGAGAUUAAAAAACGUGAAAGGGUUUCUAGUAACCAAGAAACGGAAGGAGGUGGCAAAAGAGGUUUGGAAGGAGAAAAUGAAGCAGAAGAAGAUCCUUUGAAAGAUAUUGAUUUGAUUCCAAAUGAUUUAUCAACUAUGGAUAUUGACAGCAUUUCCGGCUACAUUAAGGACCAGAUCGCUGAGGUGUUGGUAAAGGACUUGUCUGCUUGUGAAUCAAUCGUUAGAAAGCUCUCAAGAGCAGCAUUUCUGUUUUUGAAUAAACACAACGAGAGCAAGGAAGCAACUGAGAGGAUCAGUCCUGACCAUUUCCUGGAAAAUGUUUUCAAUAACCUGGAAGACGUUGACGAUAAUAAACAUGUGAAGGUCGCAAGGCAUAUUACUCGCGUUUUGAUGGAAUUAGAAAUGGCUGUGUUGAAAAAAGUGACAAGAGCAGAUGAGUCUAGUGGUCCAAGUGACACUCAAGUUGACCAGUCAUCUAAAGAGACUUUAGAGGGUGCUGGGGUAGAAAGUCCUGGCAAAACAAGAAAAAAGAGUGAUUGUGGACAGGGAACAGGAGAUUAUGCAUCAGCUGAUGACACAAGCGAUGAUGAAGAUGUGGAAACCAUUUGUCCUGUUGCUGAAAGAGUGAUAGGGCAGCUUCGUCCUUUGAUAUUUCUGGAAAACACCGGCUUCCUGGCCAAAUACUUAAACAGCAAAAUUCUACCAAGAUUCAAGACCAAAAUACCAAAUAUUUUGCAUGAAAUAUACGAGGGUUUAGGCCAUCAGACGCCAUUGGAAAUAUUAACACCAUCAAAACAAAUUGCCGAUGCCGAUGACUCGUUUGAUAUUGCCGAAGAUGAUCCUGCUUCGCUGUCGACAACUGAUUACGGUUCGAACCAGCCUUCAAACCAAAGCGGUACUACCUUCAGGAGAUUCUUAAGUAUCAAUGAUAGUAUGGCGACGAAGAGACAGAUCAUGGUUCCUGCAAAACGAUCCAACAAAAAUGGCACCAAACGAGCAAAGAAAGGAUAUCAAGAUAAUCCACCAAAACCAAGCAAAGAGGGUUGGUGCCGAAACCUCUUUGAUACUGGAACGAAUAAUGAAGAAACCACAUCUUCUGUAUCUGGCUGCAGAAAGAGAAAGCUGCAGAGGAGAUACACAGAAAUUGCUCCAUCAGUGAAGGAUACCCCUGCUGUUAAGCAGCGGCGCCAUUUCUUUUGGAAAAAGCAGCACAAACAAAGGAGAAAAACUGACUGCAUCACAAAUGUAACGGUUAUUGAGGAAUCCCCUUUAAAGGAAUGCAAUAUUGAGGAAUCACCUGUGAAAAGUGCAUCCUCUGCUACAAGAUUUUUCAGCAGAUCACAGUCAUUCAGUUGUAAGACAUCGCCAAGACGGUUUUACGCUUCAAAGCGAUACCACCCAGAAUUGUCAUCUUUGCAAAAUUCUUCCUUUCAUUACAAGUUUGGUAGGAGCAUAUCAUGUUUAACGGAUGAACGCAAACUGGCAAGAAGUGAAAGUGAUUUGGAAGAUAAUCGUAAGGAAGAAGUGGAACAAUUUUCUGUCUAUAAAUGGGAUAAAUGUCAACCUUUGAAUAUUGCUGAAACUCCAGAAAAACCUGCCUAUGUUUCACCUGUGUUCGACGAAGACUCCAGAGAAACAAAGUUUGGUACAAGAAAUCAGCAAGCUACGUUAAGAAUGCGCAGUUUAUCAAUGGAUGCUAGCCCUCUCCCAGCAAUGACUCUGACCCCGAAAAAAUUGAGUUCAGAUUCAGUUUUAAUCGCAGAAAAAUCAACAGAUCGUGGGCAUGAAAAUUACAGACCAAAAAGAGUUCUUGAUCUACUGGAAAUUGCCAGUGCCACAGAAAGUUUUGGUUUUGAUUCAAGAUUAUCAACUAAGCCAUUGAUGUAUUCUGAAGACUCAAUGGACUGGGUGGCAAUGUUGGAGAACGAUCGAGAAAGUAACGAGCCUAAUGAUGUUUCUGGUGAGAGCCCGUUGCCUGUUAUUGACUCUGUCCCGAGUUUGCGAGAAUCAGAGUGUGGUUCGGUUAAAGGCAACUCACCAAAUAUUUUCACACCAAUCAGAGAGGGAAAGCAGCCGUUCUCGUCGCCAUUUUUGUCAGCCAGCAGCCUGGAGACAUUAGAGACGGCACCCAUUAUAUCGCCAAGACUACGAGGAUCGAAAUUAAACAAAGAAAUUUCUUGUCGCAAACGGAUCAAAAUACCAAUAGAGGAUUGAAUUACAUGGGAAACAGCCAUCAAGAUAUCUUGUAUGUUAUAUUACUCAUCUGUUUUUUUUAUUUUGUUCUUUUAUUCUGACUGAGUUAAAGGUUUAUUUUCUGACUUAUCAUUUUUCAUAAAUCACAGAAAGUGUAUUGAAUAAUUUCAAAAUAAUGAAUAAAAUGAAUAUAUCAAUAAUUAAUCACUUCUGAUAGUUUGAUUUCAACUUUGUACUUGCAGAAAACAGCUGUAUAGAACACUAACUAUGACGACAUUAACACUUGUACCUAAAUGUAGUUAUGCGCACUAAUGGUGGCUUAUCUCGUUUGAAAUGCUAGAAAGAGCUCACAACUACAAUCUGCUGUUUAUUCUUGCACUAAAAUAAAAAUUAAAGUGUGUUUUGAAUAGAAAAAUUAUUGGUCCAGAAUUGAGAUUUUUCAUAAGAUAUAGGCUUACCUUUUCCUUAAAAAAAUUUUAGUUUUUUUACGAUCAAAUAACUCAUUUAAAAUGCUAGAUAGAGCUCAUAACUACAAUCAGCUGUUUAUUCUUUCUCUAAAAUACAAAAUAAAGUGUGUUUUGGAUAGAAAAAUUAUUGGUCCAGGACUGAGAUUUUUCAUAGGCUAUAGGCUUACCUUUUCCUUAAAAAGAUUGUAGUUUUUACGAUCAAAUAACUCAUUUAAAAUGCUAGAAAGAGUUCAUAACUACAAUCAGCUGUUUAUUCUUGCUCUAAAAUACAAAAUAAAGUGUGUUUUGGAUAGCAAAAUUAUUGGUCCAGAACUGAGAUUUUUCAUAGGCUAUAGGCUUACCUUUUCCUAAAAAUUUUUUUUGUUUAUUUACGGUCGAAUAACUCAUUUAAAAUGCUAGAAAGAGCUCACAACUACAAUCAGCUGUUCAUUCUUGCUCUAAAAUCCAAAUUAAGUGUGUUUUGAAUAGAAAAAUUAUUAGUCAAGAACUGAGAUUUUUCAUAGGCUAUAGGCUUACCUUUUCCUUAGAAAAAUUGUAGGUACUUAAGGUCGAAAAACUAAUUUUGCGAUGCUAGAAAAAGCUCACAACUACAUUCAGUUGUUUAUUUUUAUUCUAAAAUAAAUAAAAGUACGUUGGACUAAAAAGGGUGAUUUUUCAAACACGAAGAUGUGUUGUUAAUGACUCAUCUGUCGAAAAAAGGUAAUGGUAAAGAUGAAUGAAGCAUACAGUCUGAACGAUAAAUUUCCUGGGCCAACAGGAUAGUGAGGUAGGAUAGCUAGGUUUUGUUUUCCUUUUUAUGUUUUCCUGAGCCUUUUCGUUGUUGCUACUAA